AUGGCGGCCAGCAUCCAGUAUCCAGUAUCCAGUAUCCAGUAUCCAGUAUCCAGUAUCCAGUGUCCAGUAUCCAGUGUCCAGUGUCCAGUGUCCAGUGUCCAGUGUCCAGUGUCCAGUAUCCAGUGUCCAGUGUCCAGUGUCCAGUAUCCAGUAUCCACGGCGGCCAGACAAGCAUUACUCUACUGCGAGGUGGGAGUGGGAACUGGUGGGGGAGGGAAUAGCAGUUGCGGGGGGAAGGAGUUACGGGGGGAAGAGGAGUGGUGGGAGAAGAAGAAGAAGAAGAAGAAGAGGCUGUCACCCAAACCCCUAUAG